UAUCUGUCACAUGCUAUUUAUAUUUAAGUAUUGCUAAAUAAUAAGUGGGUGAACUCACUUGAACAUUACUUUGUUUUAUAAUAUAUUUUUGGCCUGAAGGAUUAUUCUGUCAUAAAAUAUUCUGCUCAUUCUGUUUGAUGGUCCAAACUCAAAUUCAUGAUAAUGCAACAAAUCUUUUGAGUCUGAAUUUGGCAUUUUUUUCACUGGAAUCUCAUUUUCGAACUAUCCAAGUUGGAGUCGGAAUUUCAAUGAUGAUGAGAGAACUCAAUUUUUUUACGAAAACUCGAAAAGCAUAAAGUUUACUACUUUGUAUUGUUUAAUUAUAUGGCCAACAUGAAUGAUAUAAAUGAUACAACUCUGGAGUUUGGAGAGGAAGAUAAACCCCAGAAAAAGAAGAGAAUUGCUCACCCGGUUGCUUGCUUUUUUCAUCUCUUCUUCAGAGUUUCUGCAAUUAUCAUUUAUUUGUUUUGUGGACUCACAAAUUCCGGAUUUGUAGCCAGUUUUAUAUCAAUACUUUUAAUGCUCUGUGCUGAUUUUUGGACUGUUAAAAACAUAAGCGGCAGGUUGCUUGUUGGAUUAAGGUGGUGGAACAAAAUAGAAGAGGAUGGUAAAAGUCAAUGGAUUUAUGAAUCAAGAAGAGGGGCUGCUCUCAAGAAACAUCCGGUUCUGGCUGCGGAAUCAAGAAUAUUCUGGUUUGGACUGAUAUUAUGUCCGAUAUUUUGGUUUUUCAUGCUUUUCAGUACUGUUUUUGGAAUGAAACCUCAAUGGCUUGCUGUGGUCAUUAUUGCUUUGGGAUUGAAUGGUGCAAAUUUGUUUGGGUAUAUCCGAUGUAAAGUUGGAAGUCGAAAGCAGCUUGGAAGUAUGGCUACAAGUUAUAUUGGGAAACAAAUAUUUCAGCAGGCUACACAAAGCUCUGAAGAUACAAACCAGAGUUCAACAAACUGAUUGAACAACUUUGGUUUCAUUACUAUUAUUAUCUAGAUUUUGUUUCCGAUUAGAGGAUAUCAGUGGAAUUAUGGUCAUAUCAUGUGCUCGAUGUACUCUUAUUGAUAUGUGAUUGUGCCUUUUGUAGGUUAUAGCCAAGCUUAGGCAAAAACUGAAACAUUAUGAUAAUGUACUAUAGGAUAUUGAAUAUAUUCAAAUUAGAAGGAACAGAGAAAUUGACAAAAUCAUUGUAAAUUCAAUAAUGAAGAACAUAUGUCCUGUGCCUGUUUCUAUGUUUAUCUACAUAUAUACGAUACUUAUAUGGUAUAAAUUUCCGGUAAAUAGACUUUACUAUGGUAUAUCGAAGAAGACCAAAUUUCAAAUCUAUUCAAUUCAGUGGAUAUAGUAAUGUCCUGGAAAACUUGACGUGAAUUCAGUUGAAAAAAAUUCUGUUAGCUACCGAUAAGAGAUACCGUAUUAUAUAAGUACCAAAUACUAGAUUGGGAGAAUAUAUAUAGUAGUAUAGUACCGUAAUUAAUUUCUUCUUGCCUUUUUAAUUAGUAUUGAGGACUGACUUUCCAUGAACGUUUUCUCUGCCUUUGGUCCUAGGACAAUAUUUAAUGCAAUUUUUAACGCUCAUUCUUUUUUUUGCUAGUUGGUGGUUGAAAAUCAUCAUUUUGUCUUGAAAUGUAGAAGCAUCCAUCUCGUUUUUCAUGGCGGUUUUUGAUUACUUCAACUACACUAAAAAACUUCUCAGAACAAAGUGACGGUUAUACUGAAAUUUUAAAAACAUUAUUAUAAACUAACAAACAACACUCAAAACUACUGAAACGAGUCAAUCUUUACAAUCAUGCUUGAAAAUAUGUUGGGGAAAAUUGAAAAAUAAGUUUUAUUAUCGUUUAUUCCUGUGCCUGGUAACUAAUACCAUUCUUCCACGAUACAUUUUAUAUUAUGCUUGCUAGAUCUAUGUAUAUUUUAUUGCCAAGCCUGCAGUUAGUAUGUUAGUAUUAAUAUAUAUACAGUAACAUGUGUAAUGAAUUUCAUGACUUUUUAUUUGUUAAAA